AAGAGGUUUGAACGUUCUGCCUGCAUAUUACGUUGCCCACGAUGUUAUAGCAUAUAACUUCARUAAUAUCUUUUAACUGCAUGUUACUGUUGUAUAAAUGUGGAGAUUAAGGACAGUUCGUCAUAAAGCUGGUCGACAAAUCGACAACAACUUGGAGGAGCUCAGAUUGAAGAGGAGAGAAAAGGAGAGAGCACUGAGGCAAGCCCGCAGAGACCGACAACUUGUGAGCAAAAGGCUCCUAAAUGAGGAUGAGGAGCAGCCAGAGGUCACUAUGCAAACAACGGGUGAACAGGACGUGGUCAGUUUGUUUCACAAACUUCAACACAACAGAUCAGAGAAGGAGUCUCACCUGAGAGCUCUAAGUAAAGCUUUGCGGGACCCAUCGGCACAACUCGCCUUCAUUAAGCUGGAGAACUGCGUGCAUCUGCUGGUCGGUCUUCUCACCGGUUCUGAUGCUCAGUGUCGUCUGCAGGCCGCUCGGUGUCUUCACGAACUGUCUCACUCUCCACACACCGGCGUGGCCUCAGCUUGUCUGCCUGCCACUCCCUACCUGCUAACCUACCUGUCCAGUCAGAGCACCAAAUUCACAGAGCUGUGUCUCUAUACGCUGGGAAAUCUAUGUCCAGACAAUGAGGUUGUAAAAGAGAAACUCCUUGCUCAGGGAAUCAUCCCAGCGCUGGCCAGUUGUUUGGAGAACCAAAAACAUAACCUUGCAGUGGUUGAGGCGGUGGGCUUCACGCUCUCACAGCUUCUUCAAACUAACCGUGCAGCAGACAAAAUGAUCUCGAUGAUCAUGGCCUCCACUUUACCCUCACAUUUAUUAUCAGUUCUGASCCCUGACCCAGACUUUGGAAUGGCUCCUGCUAUUGAGUGUGCUUGGUGUCUGCACUACCUCACCUGCAGCACAGAGGAUCACAGAGUUCUACUCUCUGAARGGACCUUGAUGAGCUGCAGUUCCCUUUUAGUGUCACUAGGUGGUGCUGUUGCUGCUGGAAACAAAGAACAAGGAAUGGAGCUGCUGAUCUGGCCUCUGCUGAGGUGUGUGGGAAACCUCCUGUCUUCCUGCCCCRUGGAAGGUCUCAGCUCUCAAGUGGGCGAUGUUCGUCUUGUAGUCGCCUUGUGUGAACUUGUUCAUGCCUACCUGCACAGCCACGUGGCCUUGGCCAGAGAGACCGCCUGGGUCCUCAACAACCUCACAGCCCACUCCACGGAUUUCUGCUCUGCUCUCCUAACUUUCAAUUUGGUUCCAAGACUGAUUCAGCUUCUGCCUUUUUCUCAAGGCAUCAACACAAAGGUCUUAAGGAUUUUAGCAAACAUUGCACACAAAAGUAAGGAGUUCUGCAUCCAGUUAGCGGAGCUCGGGUUGCUAUCUGCUCUCUGCGCCACACUGAAAAUGGCUGACAACGACUUGGUGACCCUGAGUCUGGACGUYCUGUUCAUGAUGGUCAUCAGUUGUCCUCAGAUAGCGGAGCAGUUUGUGAGACAAGAUGGUGUUUUACUUUUAGAAGCCAUCCAGUACAACAGGGAAGGAGAGAUGAGGAGGAGGGCUGCAUACCUCCUGGAGCGCCACUUCCAACAAGAUAUGAAAAUUUGACUGAUCCUUGACCCGAUAAGAUGUCUUCUAGAAUAAAACACAAAGACACUUUUAAAGAGACUGAACAACUUGUGUACAUUUGUUCACUUUUUAAAAUAAACAUGAUGGUGACCAACA